GAGCCCGACGAGGAUAAUAAUAGCAGAAAAGAACCCAAACGGGCUGCUCGGAUAUCUUCGCCGGCGCGAGGGGCAUAAGGCGGGAAACGACGACGUUAUUCUUGUUUUUCUUUCUUUCUCGUUUCUCUCCCUCUUCACGACUCCCGGCCCUGACGAGCGGCGCAGCACGUGGAAAAGGCCGCGCGGUGGUUCAUCACAUCCACACAGCAGCGUACAUGUGAACACGUACACACACAAACCCAAGCACUCCAGCAAGGGAACAUAGAAGCACGCUCCACUUUUUUUUUUGCAAAUUCUUCGUCAUCAUACAUUAGAAAGCCAUUCUCGUUUUGUAAACCGUCUCUCUCGCUUUGUCGGAACUGCGUGACACGAGGAGCCUGCGCCAUUCAUACACACACACACACACGAAGGAAAGCACAUCUACCACAUAUUCGGUACAAUAUUAUAAGGAAAGAAAUGCAAGCGGUAUCCGGCAAUGCUAACCCAGCGCAGCCAAAUGCCGGUGCUGCUGGUGCGGCCCAUGGGAGUAGUCCCGCCACUCCUACAAGCCCCAACGUUGCCGCCCUCCAAGCCGAGGUGCACCAACUCCUCGAGCGACUCAACAUCAGCAACGAGUGGAACAUGCGGCUGAACCAGCAAAUUAGCGAGCUCACCCAGCUGCCGCCGGGUGACGUGCAGCAGAUGCGACAGCGGAUGCUUGACCCCGAUAUCGCCAUCCCCUUGCUUCAGUGCUACGACGCCGUUAUUCAGGAGAAGACCGAGGAGGUGGAUCAGCUGCGGAAGGAGAAGGCGGAGCUGCAAGGCCAGCUGGACGCGUUUAAUCGGGAUCAGCUGGACGUGGCGAAUGCGGUGCGCAUGGCCGAGGACCUCGUCAAGAGCGUGCAGGGCAAGUCCUCCGACGAGGUGCAGCGCUACGUGACGGCGGUGAGGGAGCUGCAGGAGGAAACUGUCCGUCUGCGCCUGGAGGUGACGCGCGCCCUCGACGCGGAGAACGCAGCGAAGCAAAGCGCCCUCCACGCCAGCGAGGCGGCCUCAUCGCUCCAAAAGGCUCUCGAGGCGGCAAAGCAAGAGGCAGCAAAGGCGCAGGAGGCGCUGCAGGUCGCCGAGCGCAGGGGGAGGCAGCACGCACAGCAGGCAGGCGAGGACCAGAUGGGCCUCGCCGUGCAGCAGGUGCAGCAGCAGCUGCUUCAGCAAGAAAACGCGGACAAGUCGCAAGAACUAGAGCGAUUGCGGGCGAAGAUGGUGCAGGCGUUGCGGCAGACAAGCGACAAUCACGCGGCACACCUGCGCAUUGUGGAGGAGCGCCAUCGCAUGGUGCUGGAGGACCUGCGCAGCGUGAACCGCACGCAGGAGUUGGAGCUGCUGAAGCUGCGCGCGCAGCUCGCACGGUGGGACCCGGCGAACCCGUCGAACCUGAGCCUGUCUGGUCACGGUAGUGGGACUGGGGGCUCCGUCCGAAUGCAGAGCACCGCGGAGCUGCUCGAGGCACAGACUCGACAGGCACGCGAGAUGGAGGUAAAGCGGCUGUACGGUGAAGUCUCGGCUCUGCAGCUGCAACGCGAUGACGCACUGCGGCAAUACGAGCAGCUCACGUCUCGCCUGCAGCGUGACCGCGAUCAGCAGCUCGUGGAGGCGCAGCGACAGGUGCAGACGGCGCAGCGCAGCCUGGCCGACGUGCGCGUGCGGUGCGAGGAGUUGGAGGCAGCGAAGUCGACGCAGGACGCGUCGCUGCGCCAGACACGGGAGGAGCUGCGCCGGGCACAGCAGGAGGCUCAGCAGACCCGCCUUAGUUUCGACAGUCAGACGCGAAAGCUGGCAUCACUGCAGCAGCAGCUGGCCGACGCCACGGUUCGCGUGACGGCAGCAGAGGAGGAGCGGAAGAGCGCCGUCGAACAGGAACAGCGACGCACGGCCGACCUGGAGGCGAGCGUCGCACAGGCGCUGCAGGACGUUCAGGCUGCCCGAGAAGAGGCCUACGCAGAGGUGGCGGAGGUGCAGCGCAAAUAUGUACAGUUGCAGGACCGUUACCAACAGGCCCAGGAUCAGCUACGGGUGCGGCAGCAGGCUCUGGACGCGAAGGAGCGGGCGUGCGGCAUCGCCGAGCUGCAGCUCGGACGGCUGGAGGAAGGGCUAGAGGCACACAAGCGGCAGCUUGUUGAGGGCGAUCGCCGCAUCCAGCAGCUGGAAGCGCUGCUCGGCGAGGCGCGUCAGCAGCAGCGUAGCUCGUGCAUCUCGCUGGAGCAGUUCAAAAUUCAAAACACGCAACUGACGCGUGCGCGCGACCAAUUAGCCGAGCUGCUGCAAGCCAGAUCGUUUUGA